AUGGAGGAGAAAGAGAUCUUGGACACCUUCCGAAAGGUGGAAGUAAACAUCCCUUUACUUGAUGCAAUCAAACAAACUCCAAGAUAUGCAAAGUUCCUGAAGGAGCUUUGCACCAACAAGAGAAAGUUGAAAGGGAAUGAGAAAAUCUCGAUGAACGAAAAUGCAUCCGCGGUUUUACAAAGGAAACUUCCACCCAAAUGCAAAGAUCCCGGAAUGUUCAUGGUUCCUUGCAAGAUUGGAGAUGUCACUUUUAGUAGUGCUAUGCUUGAUCUUGGUGCCUCUAUCAAUGUCAUGCCCUAUUCGGUGUAUGAAUCAUUAAAUGUCGGACCCUUAAGUGAAACUGGUGUCAUAAUAUCUCUUGCGGAUAAAUCAAGUGUCUUUCCUAGAGGUGUUUUGGAAGAUGUCCUAGUACAAACGACUAGAACAAAGAUUGAUGUGUAUGCGGCAAGCUUAACCAUGGAAUUUGAUGGUGAAACAGAAUUGUUCGAGUUGUGUGAUGAUGACAUGUUAGAGAUGGUUUUGAUCAAGGGGUUUGAUUGUGCAAAAUUAGCCAAGAAAUUGAAGUUCUAUUCGCUAGACCCCGAAAUUGAAAGAUUAGUCAACAUUUUGGAGAUCAAGAAGACCACCCAAUUUAGUGUGAAGUAA